GGCCAUCUUUUGCUAAAGGUAACACCAAACUUUCCUUUCUAAGCCUACUACACACCAUAAAUUGAACAUCUUAAUCCAUCUUGUUUAGUAUUACAUGUGGUAGACAAAGUGAAAAGCUAGCUAACAUGCAAAUGGAUUUCAGAGUACUAGCUACUUUAUCUCUUCUAGUUUUCAUCAAUCUUGCUUCUUCAGAAUUUGUGCAGAAGAGCAAGUUAGAAGAUAAGGCAAGAUAUGGAAGUAAGAUUGAAGGAGGUGGGACUCAUGGAGGAGGCAAUCAAGGUGGCCAAUCACAUGGAGGAGGAGCAGUUAUACCAGUUUAUGCUGCUGGUGCUGCAAAUAAAAAUCACAAACCUCCGAGUCAUCAUAGUGCUGCGGAUUGCAACCUCGACAAAUUAAAAAAUUCCUCAAUGCUUAUGAUAAUAUUUUUCUAUCCUCUCAUGAUGUUUGUUUUGUUAACAUAGAAAGUAGAAAUGUUACAUGUUCUUUUUCACAGUAAUGUUUUCUACUUUCUAGUGCCAUAAUAGUGAGUGAUGUAUUUUGUUCAGUUAGAAUAUGUGACUCACCUUGCAGAAUGUAUCAAGGAAUGUUUACAUGCUCAAAAUAUCAAAUAAACAACAUAGAAAGGCAAUAAAAUUUACAGAUUUCAUGUAAGCAGAAGAUGCUGACAUGUGUAUGAGUCAGCAGUUCUAGGGUUUCAAGUGUCGGUGGUUAAGUCCCACGUGUCUGCAUCGAUUCAACUGUAGUUCUUUCCGCUUUGACGGUUUUACUCAUCACGAGUAUUCAUCGGGUGUACUUUAAUCCAAUCUAUAGAUAGCUCUUUUUAACUCA